AUGACUGAGGCUGCUGACUCCACAUACCCUCCAGCAGCUCUUGGCCAGGCACGUGGUUCUGUGCAGGAAGCUGUGUCCACAGAGGCCACACCGCAGGGCUUGUCCUGCCGCAUAACCUCAGGAAAAGCACGGCAAGAUGUCCAUGGAGCCUUGGAAAACCCCAUGGUGGAUACAAGCCUGUUGGAAGAAUUCAUUGGUAGUGACAUAGAGUUUGGAACUUUGCAAAGCCAAUUGCCAGACUCCCCACCAGACUCUGGAUCAGAACCAUGCUCCCCACCACAGCUACAAACCCCGCGGUAUGGUGCCAUGUGGCCCAGUGGGCUUCAGCCUCCCCUCCCAUGCCCAUCUCUUGGGGCACCCAGCAAGCUUCCCUGCAGGGUCGUGGAGACUUACUCUGACCACAGUGCCAUGGGCUAUCCUUGCAACUUCUCCCAAGGCUGCUGCCUGAAGACAGAAAAUGCUGUGACUCCAUGGAAUCAUUCUACAUCCCCCAGCUGUUCGGGUUUUAAUUAUUCGUACUUCCAGCCUAAUGCAACUCAGAUUUCUGGUAUUUCUGCAGCAUCAAGCAAAAAAAGGAAGCUCUCCCAAUUACUAGGAGAUGGGAUUGAUUCUCCAGUGCAGUCUCAGGAUUCCAGACAAGCAACACUAAAGGACUGUGCUGCUGAUGUGCAAGAAUAUGACAGUGAUGGACAAAAUGCAGCUUUGGAAAAAUGCUGUCAAGCUCUUACAUGGCAACCAUAUCAAAUUUCUCAGUGGAACAGCUUAUUUGACUCUAAUUAUGAAAAACUACCUGCUGUAGGAUAUCACAUUGUCACAGAUAAAGGAUUUAACUUUUCAACAGCAGAUGAUGCCUUUGUGUGCCAAAAGAAGAAUCAUUUCCAAAUCACAGUUCAUAUUAGAAUCAUUGGACAUCCAAAAUAUGUCAAAAGUCAGCAGGGAAGGAAACCAAUAGAAAUGUUUUACUUGAAAGCUUAUGGAAUUAAGGUGGAAGCUCCAAAUCAAACAAUUCUUAUUGAACAAUCUCAAUCAGAUCGAAGCAAAAAAACUUUUCAUCCUGUUAAAGUUGAUCUGCCAGGGGACCAGAUAACUAAAGUAACACUGGCACGGCUGCAUUUCAGUGAAACAACAGCAAAUAAUAUGAGAAAAAAGGGGAAACCUAAUCCUGAUCAGAGAUACUUCAUGCUGGUAGUUGGACUGUAUGCUGUCUCUCAGGACCAGUUCUACUUACUAUCUGCAAAUGUCUCUGAAAAGAUCAUUGUGAGGGCGUCUAACCCAGGGCAGUUUGAGAAUGACAGUGAUGUACUGUGGCAGCGAGGACACAUUCCAGAGACAAUAGCCUAUCAUGGUCGAGUAGGAAUUAACACAGAUGCACCAGAUGAAGCGCUGGUUGUCUGCGGAAACGCCAAAGUUAUGGGCAGAGUCAUGCACCCAUCUGACAGCCGAGCAAAACAGAAUAUCCGGGAGGUCGAUACAAAUGAGCAGUUAAGAAGAAUAACACAAAUGAGGCUGGUGGAAUAUGACUACAAGCCUGAAUUUGCAUCUGUUAUGGGAAUAAAAGAUACCCAUGAAACAGGAAUAAUAGCUCAGGAAGUGAAGAGUCUUUUACCUGAAGCGGUUAGAGAAGUUGGAGAUGUUGCUUGUAAUGAUGGAGAAAAGAUAGAAAACUUCCUCAUGGUUGACAAGGAUCAGAUCUUUAUGGAGAAUGUUGGUGCUGUAAAGCAGCUUUGUAAACUAACUAACAAUCUUGAAGUCAGAAUAGAAGAAUUGGAACAGUGGAAUAGGAAGCUGGCCAGGCUGAAACGGAUGAACAGUUUAAAGUCAACAGUCAGUGGAGAGAGCAAAGUCAGCAGGUAUAGUCAAGCUAAUAGUCUCUUGCCAUCAAUAAAAUCAGUCCCACAAAAAUCCAGGAAGGUUUGUUUGUCAAAGACCAAAGAAUCUUGCUCUGUGAAGAUUUUCUGGGUGACUAUAAUAGCUUUGAUUGCUAUUAUGGCACUAUGUGCUUUGACAAUAUGGAGCCUGUAUUUACUUAACAUUCAUGACAGCCGUUUUGACAAACAUCCAGUUUACAGCAGUACCACAGGUUCUGUUCUAGUCUCUCCCUCUACCACCACAGCAGGUACUAGGGAAAGCACAGUUUCUCAGAGCACACAGCCCAUCAGCAGGAUCCCUGAAGUGAAUUUCUGUGACAUUUUGCCUUGUGACAAGGUCUAUUGUUGCCCAAUUCAUCAGCCAAAAGUCAAAUCUCUAAGUUACAAAAGAAGCAAUGUAAAGGAAAAACGAAACAAAAGUGACAUGUUACCCAAACGAGAUCUAGUCAAAAAACCUGGUGGAAGACCUGAUCUUGGAAAUGACUGGAUUGAUACAACAAUCAGUUCCAUACAGAUUUUGGAAACUCAGCAAAGCAUUGACAAUCGCUAUUGUAGUAAAAAUCUGCAGUGCAGCUCUGGAAACUACAGCUAUGUUAUUCCUCUUAGCAAAUAUAUGCCCACGGAUGUAGAAAUCUCGCUGGAAAUGAACACCACGGAACCAUUAAUUAUAUUUCUCUGCAAAGUUGCAUUUGGAAAUUAUUGCCCUCAUUAUUUUUCAAGCCAAAACGGUAGGAAGGAUUUCCAAGAAACUACACAGGGACGCCAGCACAUUUGGGCUCUCCCCGUGGCUAAGUUGUAUGACAGCGCGUACUCGUUCCGCGUAGCUGUGCCGGGUUUUGCUAGUUGCUCAACAGACCGUUACUUUGCUGGAAUAUUCUUUACUGAUUACUACUUCUACUUUUAUCGGCAGUGUAACUAAAAUGUUGCCAAAUAUUCUGUUCUUUGUGGAAAAGAUGAGGAAACACUUAAUAUGAAAAAGAGACUUGCAAAUAACCCUGGAUAUUUUUUACACCUCUUUCUGGGUUGUAUGGGACUUUCUUGUUUUUUUUCACUUUUGAAUUAAAAAAAAAAAGUAGAAAAAUAAAGUGUUUGACAAAAAACAUA